AUGGUGUAUUGGUUUUUUGUUUUUCUCAGUGUUUACAACCUGAUGCUAAUCGCGGUUGAUCGCUACUUUGCAGUGCUCCAGCCAGUUCGCUAUAAAAGUCUCAAGAUGUGCCAAGCGAAUCUUUGCAUAUUUUUAUUGCACGUUACGUCAGCCGUCGUCAACUCUGUGGAUAUCUUUCAAAUGAACUAUAAUCCAGUUGAGAAAGCCUGUGAGAGCCAAGUCGAUUAUAUCGCUUUCUUCAAUGUUUAUGGUAUUGCCUGGUUUUUCAUUGUCUACCUUAUUCCUGUGCUCACUGUCUUCUGUCUCUAUGGUCGCGUUAUUUGUCACCUUUCGCGUGGAUCUGAAGCAGCAGCAUCUACUGCCAAGUGCCAGCAGCGAGCCGCCACAGAGCUCACCAAAUCGGCCGUCGUGAUUACAGUCAUAUUUGUUAUUACCUUCUCAUAUGACAGCAUCUACUACCUACUUGGAAGCUUAGAUGUGAUCUCGUACUCGUUCAACACCUUUGAGCAGACGAUUGGCGUCUUCUUAGUAGGAUUGAACUCUUGUGCAAAUCCACUUGUCUAUUGUCUCAUCAUGAAGUCCUUCAGACAGCGUCUUGUUGAAGCUGUCUGCUGUUUUCAUAGGAAUCGACCUAGGCUAAUUGAGCCUGGAUCAUCGGGCAAUAUUGAUUUCCAGAACAAUAACCGCAUAACUUUAUUCUACAAUCAUCAACGUAUAAGUUCUCAUAACACCAGUUCAUGUAUACAAAAUUGCUUGCAGUUAGAGCUAAAUACAGCCCUCAAAAAGUGUAAGCCUUUCCGAAGAAUCUUAACACUUCCACUCAGUGCCAAUGGGACGAAAAUAGAAAAAAGGCACGCUAUUGCUCCCAACAUCCCACAUGUUGGAUUUACGAAGAAUAUGGCCAGCAUUAAAGCUAGGCUGAAAUCAAUUUUACUCUGCAAAAGAUCCACAUUUACCUUUCGUCAUACCAACAAGGAAGAAGGAAAUAACAAAAACCAGACUUCAGUUAAAACUUCCUUCACGUUAAGUAACGAUUUUACAGUCAAUGAAUAUGAUUACCAGUCUGCUGAAGAUGAUAUUCCAAUAAGACAGGAAAUAAAAGUUCAUUUGCAAGAGAUAAACAGUGCACUUGAAAUAAAAGAAUGUUGCAGACCCUGCUUUGCCAAUAGAAAAUCGAUCAACAGAACCAUCCAAAAUCCAGAAAUCAACUUUGAAUCUUCCGAAAAAUCGUGCUUGAUGCUGAACUGUUGCAGGCUGCCGCUGAUCUUGCGCAGGAAGAGUGGGCAUUUGCAGAUUGGGCCCCAACUACAAGAAUCGCCGGUCCCUCGGGCAAUGAGCCUUGAACGCAGAUCCGCAGCUAAAUCUAAACUAGCUGAUGAGCUGUUACUCAUGGUCAGAAAAAGUGGACAUAGUAACACCCAAAUCCACAAGACUGAGUCUAACUGGUAUGACCCAUCAUGGUCCCAAACCUACUGUCAGCACCAUCAGCCUUCUCCAGAGCAGACAGGCGAAAUGUGGUCCAAUCUGUCCUCAAUUUGCUCGGCCUCCUCCUUCUUCACUUUUGCCUUAGCCUCAUCUUCUUCACCAACUUCUUCAAUUUCUUCAUAUUCUUCCCCCUCCAUACGGUUUUCCGCAUCCAUAAAUCCGCGACAAACCUGUCACUCCUUAUUUUCACAUAUUAAGCCGAUCUAUGCCGCUCGGUUGAGCAGAAAGAAUAAGUUGAUCAAAAGAAGGUGCUCAUAUGGGAUACAACAGGUAGAUCCCAUUAGGAAAAUUGAAAAACAUGGCCCUGAGGCAGUUCUUUCAGCAACAAAUCAUAGCCCAUUAAAAUCAUUUUCCAAUGUCCUUAGUACCUGUUCUCACGGUAAGAGCAAAUUCGAAAUAAAAAGUUCAGAGAGAGCAACAAAAGAGCUAUCCUUACAUGCUGAUGUGCCUCUUAAAUUAGAUUCUGAACCUGACAUGAGGCCAUUUUGGAAAAUUAUGACGAGAACUGUAAAAAGUAUGGACAAUAGAGAUAAUAGUUCCCAGUCAAACGUUUAUAUAAUAGAGUCUCUCUCACUUCCGAAUCAGAACUCGUACCAAAGCAACUACGAAACUGUUACGACAAUUGCCCCAAUUCCCACUUGCUCGUCACAUCUUUAUAAUGAAGCAAAUUUAUCUGAUAAAAAUCAAACCGACCUUUUGCUUCGAAGAAGCGACUCGAUGAUGUCUACAUCUGAUAAAAUGCGUAAACACCAGGUGCAACCAGCUUCAGUGUUCUCCAGCUCGGGAGUCGUGUUCGUGGCCGGAAGUAUGGCUUACCCUAGGCUUACUCUAGACUAG